UCAGAGAAAAAUCAAAGCCCGCAGUAAACAGUAAAACCGUAUCCAGCCACCGGGCGCCCGGCGCUCGCCUCGAGAGGAAUAAACAUACAGACAGUAUCGCGGGCGGUACAAGCGGUACAAAGCCGAAGGGCGCCGCGACCCAAAAGCGCACGAGCCGGACUGUCGUUUCUGUUCGCUUUGCCGCGGAAACGAACUUCUCCAGCAUCGACGAUCGUGCGCGCGAAAACUUCCGUCCGGCUUAUGCAGUUACACUGGUAACUAACCGCCUCCAAUGCGGUCACUGCAAGCGAACCGCUCGCUUUCCGCACUUUUACGCGCAGAACGUCCUCGGCGACAAAGCCCCUGGCUCCUCCUCUUGCCCCAGUGGGGGCCGGUCGCCUCGCGCUGACGGUGCCCGUCCGCGGACAGCUGCGCGCGGCACACGGUCGCUCCGAGGCGCGAGCCCGUAGCGCGCCGCGUCUGUCAGUGUGUGAGAGAGAGAGUGUGUGUGCGUGAGAGACUGAGGCGCUCGCGCAGCGCCGACCAUGUCGGCUGUGAAGCGGCAGGGAUCGUGGCACGAAGACAUCGCCAGAAACUUGUCGAGACUCUUCUUCAGGAGCGGCUCGCAGGAGAAGCAGGAGAAGCAGGAGAGCGGCGCGGACGGUCCUGGCUCAGGCUGUAGCUCGCAGGAUAACGAGAAUGAUGUCGGGGGUCCCAGUCGUGAGACGAGGAAAGAGGGUCUGUCCCCGGGAGCUGUCCUCAACUUGUCAAAGGCAUUCCAGGGCUCCGCAGGGGAAGAGAAGGGCAGCACGCUGGCUGAUGAAGGAGGGUCCCCCUCAGAGCCACCUCUGCACCGACCUGCCCCAAGCCCGCCCCCCAGCUGGCCUGCACCCACGCCUCCUUUAGAUGCCUUCUUCCGGAAGCUGGGCAGCCUGUUCCAGUCACCCGCAAAGGCAGACACGCGAGACCCAGCGGACGCUGAUCCCAAACAGCCUGAGCGGGAUGCGGCGGUGGACAAGGGGGGUAUGACAUGGGAGGCGGGAGGAUGCCAGGAGCCCCGUGACCCUGCCGGCCCACCGCUGGGAGAGGGAGGCACGCAUUGCUCGCUCCAGGAGGGGCAGGAGACCACCACGGAGGAAGAGGAGGGGGACGAGGGAGGCGGGGGAGGUGCAGGGAGGCUGCUGGAGCAAUCCCAGAAGGAGAGCAAAGGCACAGAUCUCCAGGAGCAGCGGCACCUGGUCCUGAAUGAAGUAUCGAAAGAGGUUGACCCUACAGCAUGCAGUAUAACUGCCAAGAGCAAUCUGCUGUUGGAGGAUGGUGCCAAUGACCGCUUCCAGUUGGCAGUUGCAUGCCCUCCAGUUGUUACGUAUGGGACAUACCGAGGCCGAAGGGAAACUGGGAGGAUGAAGAGGAGACGUCAAGAGCAGGGUAGCUCUGCUGCUCCAGAAGGAGAGGAGAAACAGUGCUACAAUGGCAGUCUCUCAAAUUCCUCGCUUCUAGAAGAGGAGGAUGCUGGCUUGGUGUCUGCCUCUUCAAUAGCAGCUCACGUCACAGAUUCUCAAGGAGUAGAUGCUCAGGCAUCAGGAUGCAACGCAAGUCCCCAUGCUGGGGUUCCUGCCACUUGUAGCAUUCCACUUUCUACACUGCCGAGGGGCAGCUCGACCCACAGUGCCUUAUCCCACGACAAGGAAGGGGAGCACAUUACAGGGCCCCACUCUGGAGCAAAUUCAGCAGUGAUACCCAUGUCUUCUGCUGGGAAGGACUCCACUGAGAUGUGGACCUGUUUUCCACAUGUAGAUGGUAAAGAGCAAAAGUGUUUGAGGGAGAAAGUGACUCAGGCAACAGCUGAUGUUGUCAACAGAGAUACAAAAGCAGGGUCAGAACAAAAAGAAACAUCAUUACUGCAGUGCUUGCCGGGGUCACCUUGGGCAGCAGGUGAUGGUGGAAGCGCACUAGAUGACAUGCCUGGGGCAGGGGAUUGUGGAUCAAUGCCAGUCAGUGAUGGCUGUUUGGAGAAUGUGGGCCUAGAAGAAGCUUUUCAUCUGGAGUCCAAACUGUUAGUCUCUAACAUUCUGAAAAAUGCUCUUGCUGCCCUUGAGAAGAUUGAGAAUUCAGAACAUGAUGGUAGGACACUGUCAACAACCAGUGGGGCUUGCAGCUCUGAUUUACCCACUGAACUAGGAGAAAGUACAGAAGUCUGUUUUCAGAAGGAAGUGAAUUUUCUGGAACAGGAUUAUGAUGGCAGCUCCAUGCAGUCCUCGGGCUACCAGUCCAUUGUUGGAUUGGACACAGACAGCAGAAAUCAUUUUGGUUUGAACUUUGACCUAUGUUCUUCUUUGGGCCUUCCAGAUCAUAGAGAGAGAGAGCAGAUCCCUGUUGAGAGCCAAAACCUCACAUCUUCUUCGGAAGUCUGUAGUUCAUUAGACAGCAGGAAUGGAGGCCAUGAGGAGGAAAUGCAUUUUCAGCCGAGCAGUGACAUUGAGUCUGCCAAGCUGAUUGUGCAAGAAGAAAAAACAGACCAUGUUGAAAGCAAAGGUGAUGUCUGUAAUCAGAAGAACAGAUCAAAUUCUUUCAGUGAAGCACUGUAUGUAGAACAAUGUGUAGACAAAAAUAAUGGUGACAUAUUCAAACAAGUAAAUAAUAUGUUUGAGCAGCUGGAGUGUGUCCCAGGUGGAAGGAGUGAAGACAAAGCACAGGUUGAGCAAAUUUCAGGGGGUAAUUACUUCAAUAGGGUGCUUUCUAUAGAAUGCAGUGAAGGACCAAUAAGUGAAUUUCUCAGUUUACCAAAAGACUCCACCGAAAGUAAUGAACAAGUUCACAGUGUGUCCAUUAGUGCCAAGGACAUGGUUUUGCCAAAACUUGACAGAGCUCAUGAGGAAAAAAUAAAGAUCAGUACUGAGAACAGUAAGCUUAGCAACCAAGUGGAGCAUGAGAAGUCUGUCUCUAUAGGACCUGUUGGAAGCAAGGUGGAAAACAAAAUAUUUUGUCAGGAAGGAAAGGUAACACUGUCCACUGUCCAGCCAAACAUAAAUGAGGAUUUAAACAAGGUUCCUGAAAUGCCCACUCUGUUCACAAAGUCCUUAGAAAGUUGUGAGAAGCUACUUGUCAUACAUGGGCCUUCAGGUGGUGAUUCUAUAAGCAAAAGUGACGAGUCACAAAAGAGUCAUGCAGGGUCUGUGUUGGAUGGCCUUGACGGAGUUAGUCACCUGGAGCAAUGUGGUACAGGAACUCUGCAGGAUCUGCGAGAGAAGCUGAGCGUAGGAGAUCAAAGUUUUAUUCUGGCAGAGGGUCACUUAACGGCCGUCACUGAGGAUGGACCUGACAGAGAGUGUGAAGACAACACCCCUCAACAGGCUAGACUGGGGCAAAUGGGUGAUGCUGAUGGGCAAGCAGGCCCUCAGGACUUGGAUAACCCAAAGUGCCAUGCAUUACUCUCAGCUCCCGGUACAAGUAAUGAGAAUGGACAACUGAAGAGUGCAUUGAAAGCCUCUAACUGUGUUCUCCUUACUGAGUCAUGGCAGGACUUACAGAUACCCAGGCAGGGUGCUGGAGGGAGCUUUCAGGAUAGUGUUAACAGCCGGGCAUCCAGAUUCGGCACACAGAAUAGGAAGGUACUGCCCGACCUGUUACCAGGGGCCUCCCGGAGUGAAUUGUCCAGCCACCACCCCCACAGGUUCCUCGAUACAGACAUGCAAGAGGGUGUCAGCGGGUUUGCCAUCAUAAGUGAAGAGGAGGAGCCCGAUAGCGUGUUUAUCAACGACACCGGUGUGACACUCAGUCCUACAUCACGUCGAGGAAAGGUAUAUCCCUUCUCCCUGUCACCCAUCUAUGAGGAGGAGAGCGCUCGGGAAGAGGCCUGUGUAGAUGAGCGACGGGAUCAGCUUCUGAUGCAGGAGGACCUGCGGAGUGUGGAGCAGCAGGCCUCCUCCAUCCUGUCCCUGCUGCAGUCUGUCAGUGAGCGCCUGCAGUCGAGCACCUUCUCUGACUCCUUGCAGGACUCAUGCGAAGACUACCCAACCCUGCUGCGGCGUCCCUCCUGGGACUGCUACCCAGACGAGGAGGAGCCACAGACAACUGAGGAACACCAAAGCAUCCUCAUCCCCCGACAAGGGGGAAGUGAGCGAGAAGAGUUGUUAAACCAGCCAUUAGAUUUUGGCAAACCUAGUGCCCUCUGCUCUAAGGAUCCUUUGGGAUGUGGAAUCGGGGCAAGACAAGUUUCUCUACCCCAGGAAGAAGAGCAGAUACCUUCAACCGAGUCCAAGUUGAUGAGUGCAACCAACACUCCAUUCUAUAACUAUCUGAAGGAAGCCAGGUCUCUGUUACCACAUAUCACGGAUGUCGAACACAAGCCUCAGGCUACAUUAUUCCAGCGGCAGGAUAACACAGCUUCUCUGGCCUCAGCUGUAGGGAACGUGAUUAAUGACAUGCCAGAACGAGCCAUCCCAAGGCCCACACAGGUCUGCAUCUAUGAUGGCAUAACCUUCUCAGGGGAGGAGCGAAGGAUUCACUAUGACUUGGAGGAUGUGGCUGAGCCUGUGUUCCUCCACGGAGCGUCGGUCCGAGUCCUACAGGGAUGCUGGCUCCUGUACCGGGAGCCUAGGUACCAAGGGUCCUGCGUUGUCCUGGAGGAGGGGGACAUAGUGCUGAUGCAUACCAGUGGCCUGGGCAGCCCAGAGAUUGGCCCCACUGCCAUCACCGUCGGGUCCAUUCGAAGGGCUGUCACGGAUGACAGCCUUCCGGAAAUUGAGCUCCAGCCACAAGUUGGCCAGAAUGUGGCACCACUGCGUCUCCAUGCGGAGGCCCACAGCUUGGAGGAGCACGGAGACCUUCCGCUGUCAUGUCUCACCGUGAAAUCCGGCUGUUGGCUGGCAUAUGAUACUGCUGGUUUCAAGGGCAACUACACCAUCCUGGAAGCAGGUAGACCCCCGACGGCAGGGCCACAUGGCUCCCUGGUGGCCUGCGUUGGAUCGCUGCGUCCGAUGAGAAUGGGUGGACUGAAGGUGUGGAGACCCAUGGAUCCCAAGAUGGUGGUGUAUGAGCAGCCUUGCUUCCGGGGUCAGAGCAGAGAACUGCUGGCCAAUGUGCCAAGCUUAUGGACUCCUCCGGGCCUGAGGGGGGCAGCAUCACUGUGUGUCAUUUCUGGAAUAUGGGUGGGCUACACCAAGGAGGAUUACAGAGGACAGCAGUAUUUGCUGGAGGAGGGCGAGUAUCAGGACUGCCGCAAUCUGUAUGGGUCCGAUCAUGCCCUCCUGUCUUUUCGCUGUCUCCUGGGGGACUUCAUUGACUCAUCUCUGUCACUGCGCGAGGGAUCGGACCUGUCCAACCCCAAGGAAACGGAGAUCACCAACUUGGAAGUUCCAGAUAUGGAACUGAUGGGACCCGUAAAGGGACCUGCUUCCAUCUGUGUGAGGAGUGGAGUGUGGGUGGCCUAUAGUGACCGCUUCUUCUGUGGACAGCAGUUUGUCCUGGAGAAGGGUAUCUACUCAGGAGAGCUGGACUGGGGAGACUCCUGCAGAGCCGCCAUGUCACUUCGACCAGUCUACCUGGUGCACUGCACCAGUGGGCAGCCAAAGUUCUUGCUCCGGGCCUACAGCCAGCCGCAGUACCAGGGCGACAGUGCGGAGUACACCUCAGAGGUGACCACCCUUGUUGCCUGGACUCCCAUGUCCUUCAGGGUGAUCAGAGGCAGGUGGCUUCUCUUUGAUGAAGACAGCUGUGGAGGGAACCAGUUUGUCCUGCAGGAGGGCAAUUACCCUGACCUCACCUCCUGUGGUUGCAUGGCCACAUCCAUCAAAUCACUGAAGCCCAUCCCAUUUUGUUUUUCAGAUCCCUCCAUCAGCCUGUUUUCUCUGGACUCCUUCGAAGGUCUGGAGACAAUAGCUGUGACAGCCAUCGAGCACUUGGACAACUUCUUCACUCAGUCUCUUCGGGUCAGCAGUGGCCUGUGGGUGGCAUAUGAAUACCCCAACUUCAAAGGCCGUCAGAUGCUCCUGGGACCCGGCAGUGUAUCGGCGUGGGCCCGUCACAGCGGCUGGGACACUGUAGGUUCUCUGCACCCUCUGAGACAGCCCAAGGUGUAUGUUCGGGUAUGGAACCGCUGCCUCGGCUCCGUGCUGACAGCAGAGAGUGGACAAGGCUGUUCGCCCCCUGUCAAGGUGUCCCUCAGCCCCCCUGGCAGCCUGGACACCCAGCUGUGGGUCUUCAGCGGGGCUCUUCUCAAGUGUAAGGCCACUGCGAUGUGCCUGUCAGUGAUUGGUGGGAGGGCAUCGCCGGGGGCCCGUGUGGCCCUGUGGCCCCAACAUGGGCGCACCAACCAGAAAUGGAGCCUCAAUGAGAACGGAACUAUCUCUUCCCAUCUUGACCACAACCUUGUCCUGGACCUCAAAGGGGGGAGUGACUUUGAGAAGGACCUCCUUGUUACCAGUGACUUCACAGGUGACCAGGCGACACAGUACUGGGACAUAGAGGUGGCGUAGAGCAGAAGCACUGGACUGAAGAGGACUGGAGCCAUGCUGGGGGUGUGUGUGUGUGUGGGGGGGUUGUGUAUGAGUGAGUGAGUGAAUGAUACCCCUGCUGCAGGUCAGGCCGUCUUAGGUCAUGAAGCAGUGUGACAAAGAGACUUCCUUAUAAAUCUCAUCUCUCCUCUUUUUCAUCUCAGGUCCCAAAAACCAAACUGCAGUAACAUAUUAGAGUGAAAACUCACAUCAAAUAAAAACAUUUAUUGUACAUGAGGAAAAAACAUUGCUGUGCCACACAACUGAAUUCCCACACCAUGAGAGGAGUGAUGAGGUCACAGCCCAAUGAGACCCACAAUUUUUGGCCACAUGGCAACUCCCAGCGGCCGUCUGUAUAUUUGUGACCUUACAAUGGACAGUGACCCUAAGCCACUUUGAACAUGUUAAAGUAUUUUUCAGACAUGGCUAAAUAUUUUGGUUAAUGCUACAGAAGCACAUUUGCACUAUCCAGGACUCAUGGUUUUUAUCUGUAAGGGUGAGUGUUACUGUGAUGCGACUCCACCCAUUUUACCAGUUUGUGAAAGAAUCAGAGACAAACAGGCCUUCGAGAAAUAGACUAAAAUUCAGCAUUCACACGUGUCUUUGUGGGUCUGUUUAUAAUAUGCAGAAAGCUGCUUGUUCUAGAAAAUUCCAAGCCUUAGAUAAAACAAAGCAGACCAUAUCAGCUACUUUGUACUGGUCGUUUAAAAUGACUUCCUGGCAGAACUGUAUAUGUUUUCAGGUCAUUUCACUGGACUUCUGACAAAACACUUGUGUGUGUGUAUGUGUGUAUAUAUAUAUAUAUAUAUAUGUGUGUACAUAUAUACAUACACACAAUAUUCAGGAGCUAAUUAAUGCAGAAUGAUAUCGGUAUAUAAUUCAUGUCUAUAGAACCAAAUAUGUAUGUAUAUUAAAGAUG